AUGAAAUCGCUUAUUCUAUCGGCACUUUUGGCAGUUUCUAGCGCAUGGGAGGAAAAGACAGAGCAAAUGCUUCGUUGGCAGCGAAAGCGCUCCGACUGGGUGAUCAAAAUGGGUCAGAAGGACUUCGAAGACUACGUCCGCCAAAAAGGCAAGGAGUACUCAACCCUCGUCAUGUUCACGGCGCAGUCUCCGUCACGUGGGUGUCAAAUCUGCGCCGAAGCAAGUGAGGAGUUUUCGAUUCUGGCAAAAUCAACACGGUAUACCGCCACGGAGAGUAACUACGCCAAGAUGUUCUUUGUCCUGGUCGAUUAUGAUGAGCACGACGGACAUAGAAUUUUUGACGCAAUGCGGCUCAAGUCGGCUCCGGCGGUUUAUCUUUUCAACGAGGCCGGUCGAACAUCGAAAAACGAUCAGUUCGACAUUGCUUCGCGCGGCUACAUGGCCGAAGCAAUGGCACAGUUCCUCAGCGAUCGAUCUGGAAUUCAUUUCACUGCUUACCGUCCGCCGAACUACGGCGGCUGGUGGUUCAUCUCCCUCAUUGCCGUGUCCGCCUUGGCGAUUAUCUACAUGAAGUUAGAUAGCAUAAAAGAGCACUUGAAUAGAGACACAAUUGGCUAUCUUUGCGUCGUUGCGUCGCUCAUUUUCACUUCGGGCCAGAUGUGGAACUCGAUCAGAGGACCUCAGUAUAUCAUGCGCGCGCGUGGCGGCGGGAUAGGCUUCGUCUACCCAAGUUCAAACAUGCAGCUCGUCGCGGAGACACAUAUUGUGAUGAUCCUUUACGGAGCAGCGACGUUGGGCUCCAUUUUGUUGAUCAAAUCCGCUCAAGCGAAAACCUCCCUCGCCGACCGUCGCUUCUUCAUGUUACUCGGUGGCUCUCUUCUAUUCGCCGGCUACGGCCUCACACUCAACGUCUUCAAGAGAAAGUACCGCGGAUACCCUUAUUCCUUCUUCCUAGGCUAA